AUGUUUACCAGAACGAUUUUACCUACCACAAGAAGAAUUUUAACCCAACAAUCAAGAGUUCUUGUUCCAAGAUUGUCCAUUCCAACGUCAACAUUCACCAGAUCAUACCAUGAGAAAGUCAUAGAUCAUUAUGAAAACCCAAGAAAUGUGGGUUCACUCAAUAAAGAGUCUUCCGAUGUCGGUACUGGUUUAGUUGGUGCACCAGCUUGUGGAGAUGUGAUGAGAUUACAAAUACAGGUUGAUGAAGAAACGGGGAAAAUCAAGGAUGUUAAAUUCAAAACAUUCGGAUGUGGGUCGGCCAUUGCUUCUUCUUCAUAUGCUACAGAAUUGAUUAGAGGUAAAACUCUUGAUGAAGCCUUGGAUAUUAAAAACACUUUAAUUGCUAAAGAGUUGAGUUUGCCACCAGUCAAAUUACAUUGCUCUAUGUUGGCUGAAGAUGCUAUAAAGGCUGCAGUCAAAGAUUACCAAUCAAAGAGGAAAACAACUACUUUGGGUGCUACUGCUGCUUCAACUGUUUCAAGCUCAAAUGCUAGUGCCGCUGCCACUGCUGCCACUGCUUAA